GGUGCGGAGUGUGUGUGUGUGUGUGUGUGUGUGUGUGGUGGGGGGAGGCGAUCUGAAUAAUUGAGGAGCUGUUCAGCAACAGCGGAUGCCUUCUGUUUUCCUUUGCCACCAGCACCGCGCAUCAUAGUGGAAGAGACAGAGCCCGGCGCUUUAAGUCCGGACCGCCAGCCACCAGCCCCCGCAGCCGGUUCAUCGCCUUCAGCCCUCAGACAUUCAUGCCCAGGAGAAAGCUUCUUUGGGUCCCUCUGGACCUUUCCUAAAAGGGAGAUCCUUGUGCACUAGAUGAGUCCCAGAAGCAUCCACUAAAGGCUUCCAUAGCCCUUUUCCAUCAGUUGACCUUCACCGUAAACUCCCAGGAUGAGUGGCUUCCUCGCCUCCCUGGACCCCCGGCGGGUGCAGUGGGGGGCUGCCUGGUAUGCCAUGCACUCCAGGAUCCUGCGCACCAAACCGGUGGAGUCCAUGCUGGAGGGAACAGGAGCCACCACAGCGCACGGCACCAAGCUAGCCCAGGUGCUCACCACCGUGGACCUCAUCUCACUUGGUGUUGGCAGCUGCGUGGGCACCGGGAUGUACGUGGUGUCCGGCCUGGUGGCCAAGGAAAUGGCAGGACCUGGUGUCAUUGUGUCCUUCAUCAUUGCAGCUGUUGCAUCCAUAUUAUCAGGCGUUUGCUAUGCAGAGUUUGGCGUCCGCGUCCCUAAGACUACAGGGUCAGCCUACACCUACAGCUACGUCACUGUUGGGGAGUUUGUGGCAUUUUUCAUCGGCUGGAACCUGAUUCUGGAGUACCUGAUCGGCACUGCGGCCGGUGCCAGUGCUCUGAGCAGCAUGUUUGACUCGCUGGCAAACCACACCAUCAGCCGCUGGAUGGUGGACAGUGUGGGAACCCUCAACGGCCUGGGGAAAGGUGAAGAAUCCUACCCGGAUCUUCUGGCUCUGGUGAUCGCGAUCAUUGUCACCAUCAUCGUCGCGCUGGGGGUGAAGAACUCUGUGGGUUUCAACAACGUCCUCAACGUGCUGAACCUGGCCGUGUGGGUGUUCAUCAUGAUUGCAGGGCUCUUUUUCAUCAAUGGGAAAUACUGGGCUGAGGGCCAGUUCCUGCCCCACGGCUGGUCAGGGGUGUUGCAAGGAGCAGCCACGUGUUUUUAUGCUUUCAUUGGUUUUGACAUCAUUGCCACCACCGGAGAGGAAGCCAAGAAUCCCAACACGUCCAUCCCUUAUGCUAUCACUGCCUCCCUGGUCAUCUGCCUGACAGCAUAUGUAUCUGUGAGCAUGAUCUUAACGCUGAUGAUGCCAUAUUAUGCCAUUGACACGGAAUCCCCACUCAUGGAGAUGUUUGUGGUUCAUGGGUUCUAUGCUGCAAAAUUCAUAGUGGCCAUUGGGUCGGUUGCAGGACUGACCGUUAGCUUGCUGGGCUCCCUCUUCCCAAUGCCAAGGGUCAUUUAUGCCAUGGCUGGCGAUGGGCUCCUUUUCAGGUUUCUGGCUCAUGUGAGCUCCUACACAGAGACGCCAGUGGUGGCCUGCGUCGUGUCGGGGUUCCUGGCAGCUCUCCUCUCACUCUUGGUCAGCCUGAGAGACCUGAUAGAGAUGAUGUCCAUCGGCACACUCCUUGCCUACACCUUGGUCUCUGUCUGCGUCUUGCUCCUUCGAUACCAACCAGAGAGUGACAUUGAUGGUUUUGUCAAGUUCUUGUCUGAGGAGCACACAAAGAAGAAGGAGGGCAUCCUGGCUGACUGUGAGAAGGAAGUGUGUUCUCCGAUGAGUGAAGGGGAAGAGUUUUCUGGCCCUGCCACCAACACCUGUGGGGCCAAGAACUUACCGUCUUUGGGAGACAAUGAGAUGCUCAUAGGGAAAUCAGACAAGUCAACCUACAACGUUAACCACCCCAACUACGGCACCGUGGAUAUGACCACAGGCAUAGAAGCUGAUGAAUCUGAAAACAUUUAUCUCAUCAAGUUAAAAAAGCUGAUCGGGCCCCGUUACUACACCAUGAGAAUCCGGCUGGGCCUGCCAGGCAAAAUGGACCGUCCCACAGCAGCUACAGGGCACACGGUGACCAUCUGCGUGCUCCUGCUCUUCAUCCUCAUGUUCAUCUUCUGCUCCUUCAUCAUCUUUGGUUCCGACUACAUCUCAGAGCAGAGCUGGUGGGCCAUCCUUCUGGUGGUUCUGAUGGUGCUGCUGAUCAGUGCUCUGGUGUUUGUGAUCCUGCAGCAGCCAGAGAACCCCAAGAAGCUGCCCUACAUGGCCCCCUGCCUUCCCUUUGUGCCUGCCUUCGCCAUGCUGGUGAACAUCUAUCUCAUGCUAAAGCUCUCCACCAUCACCUGGAUCCGGUUUGCUGUCUGGUGCUUUGUGGGUAUGCUCAUUUAUUUUGGGUAUGGCAUCUGGAACAGCACCCUAGAAAUCAGCGCCCGAGAAGAGGCCUUGCACCAAAGUACAUACCAGCGCUACGACGUGGAUGACCCUUUCUCAGUGGAAGAGGGUUUCUCCUACGCCACAGAGGGUGAGAACCAGGAGAACUGGGGUGGGCCUGCUGAAGACAAAGGCUUCUAUUACCAACAGAUGUCAGAUGCGACGGCAAACACCCGGACAAGUAGCAAAGCGAAGAGUAAAAGCAAACACAAACAGAACUCAGAGGCCCUGAUUGCAAAUGAUGAGUUAGAUUACUCUCCAGAGUAGGAGAAAACACACAGGAAAUAUGUAGGAAUGGUAAUGAUUUAUUUUCAGUAACUUAACCUAUGGGCUAGAAGGUGAAAACUUUUUUGCCUCUCAUUUCAAAAAUCCAACCUUCCCCAAAGUCAUAGCCUGUCAUUUGCUACUUUUGCUCUUCAGGGUAGGUCUGUCUAAGGGUGUAACCCUAGGUCCCCUAACUGGUCCCCUUGUAAAAAAAAAAAAAAACUAAAAAAACUAAACAAGAGGCUACAAGACAUUCUAUCUUAGGGCAACCGUCAGAGCUGAUGGCAGCAGAUGUUUCCUAGGUCUUUGCUUUGCUGCUUGAGUCUGCUUGCUUCUUACUGAGACCCCAGAAGCAAGGAGCAAACAUGUUGGACCACACUGAGCUACUCCUGGAGAUGGGCCAAAGCAGGUGGCUGUGGGCACAAGGCAGCAUUUCUACCAACUGAGACCACAAGGGCAAAGCUCUGUGCUCAACAUGCCCGCUGGGAGCUGCUCCCCAAGCGUGGGCAGGUGGCAUUGGCACUUCCUCAGCAAGCAACAUUUUGUCCUGAAAUCUCACAAAAAUGAAUUCAUGGAAAGAUACAUGCUUAUUUUUAUUCACCAAAGUCUCCAAACUGUAACUUUAGGGUCCAGAAAAGGUCAAGGACCCUGAGACCAUUUCCCCUAAGGUUUCAGAUUCACCAGAAAUCAAUCAUGCAGACCCAGUAAUGUGGUGAGAAGCGCCAUCAAAGCUCUCCUUAAAUGAUCAGGAAAAAAUGAAACAACCAUCUCUUGCAGUGAAGGCCAGAAGGGCAUUGGCAGAAAUUAAUUCUCUGUCAUGACUUCUCUUAUACCAGACUCUAAGCUCCUGCUGAUAUAACGAAAGAGGGCAAAGUUGGAGCAUGAUUUCAUGGCACUAAUAUGCCUUGAAGAAGGAGGCUGUUUGUUUUAUAAUCAGAUAAAAAUCUUUAUAAGGAGAAGUGACCCAGCCACUGAGAUCACAUUGCAAAAUUCUAUUUCGGAUUUCUAAAAUUAUGAAUUCUGUCGUUUUUGUGUGUGUGUGUGGUUUUUUGGGGUUUCUUUUGUUUUUUGUUUUUUUUAGAUAUGCCACCACUUGAUUGGUGGGUGCUACUCUGAAAACAAAAAUGUUGAAGCACAGCUUCUUAGGUAAUGGCAUUCCAUGAGAUCACAUUUCACUUCUGAAACUUAUUCUUCUGGAGGAGCUCGCUUUUAGCCAUGUGUUUUUCCUGCUAAUUUUUCCUCUAAUCAGGAUUAGAGCCGGUAAGGUCUCAAUCUGGGCCAGAAGAGGGGCUUUUAAAGGAAUUUUCUCUGAAACAAGCUAAAUGAGAGGAUCUGCAACAGGGAAAAGUACAUGAUCUAUAAAUUCUCCUCUUGGUUACAGGGACUCCAACACUGCAUUGAGACAUGUAUGCGUAUGUGUGAAGGCACAAUUUGGGUCAAGCUAAAAUCUUUGCGAGAAUUUCCUGAAAGGGGGGCAAAGUCACACAUUCCUUGCUCUCUCUCUCCUGGAUCUAGCCUUAUGCCAAAAGUUUUCCGGAAUACAUGGACUAACGUGUAAGUCUAUUCUUUCUUAAAGGUGAGGCUAGUGCCACCUUGGCACACUUUAGGAUUACAGAGAGGAGGCAGACAUCCAUUUUUUCACUCAACGAACACUGAUUGAGAAUGUCCCAAGUGCUAAGUGAUGGGAAUGAAAAGAUGUGUGACAUCCUCCCUGGGAGGCUCACAGUUCAGCGAAUGAGCAGCACUGGGGCCUGUUAACCGUAGAGAGAACAGCCGAGCCUGACAGCUCCCCCGCGGUUGAUGCACUGGGCUUUAACAUAGUACAAAAGGAAACAGUCCAUUGGAACUAUAUUUUAAUAUGCUUUUAAACAAAUUGCGUAUCAUACCCAUAGCCAAUGUAUGCCAUUUAAAGUCAAUUAACUACUAUUUUCUAGAUCUUCUUUUUCUUUAUAUUAAUUGUUUAAAGCUCUCGUUUCCUGAGAUCAUUUUAAUGAGAUGUGUUCACAAUGCCAUGUUUUCUCUCCCCUAAAUUUAACCAUAAAGACACAGUACCUAGUCUGUGAAAUACAUCCUUGGGAUUCAUUGUAAACUAAUUAUCAGUCAUUUUUGUGAAAAGGAAGUUUUGAACUGGUUUUAGAACUCAACAAAUCUGACUAGUUUAAAUGUAAUCUGUUAAGCUUGAGAUAUAUCCAGAUAGAUGGGGUGGGGCUGUAUUCAUUAAAAGUGUUCCAAGAGAAAUAUGAAUGCAAAAUAACAAAAUCUUAAUGUGGGUGAAAGAGCUUCCUUUUACUAGUGAGGUUUGGGUAUUAAAGUAAUAGUAGUCUGGGGAUAGAUGUAUGCCAUUUCUGCAGCAUGAGAAGAGAGAGCACAGGCUUUGGUAAAUACGGUUGGUAGUGAUUUCGGGAAGAUUCAAUGAGCCACUCUCAUUUCAGGAGUCACUUCUCCCAAAUAGUACCUCUAUAAUUUUUUUAAGCUUUGCUCUCCUUAUUUCUCUAAAGUUGGUUAGCCAUCUCCCUAGCAACCUUGGCUUAAAAAAAAUUAGUCAAUGUGAUAGAAAAAGGUUAUUUUCAGGUAAAUAGACAUUUUUUCUUCAUGUUGCCUAGCCUCUGUGAAACAGUCCCAGAUUUCACAAUGCAGUUUUCAAAAUACCAUCAAUCACUAGAAUGAUUUUAUUCAUGUUUCCUAACAAAUUUCCUAAGACCACAUUUGUGAAACCACCUUAAACGUAAGAUCACCUUAUAAGUAAUUACCAUAGAAACUUAGCUCUCUUGAAAGGAGUCCAAGGAAGACCUACAUUAUUUGAAUUCUCUAUUAGCAAGAACUCUUCCAGCAGGGUUUCACCAUGUGGAACAAUCCAAUUGUUUGAUUUUUUUAAUUGUAGUCUAUUUAUGGGUACUCUGCUUUGUCUCAAAAGGAUUUGAAGUGGCUAUCAAAAUACAGGUAAUAUAAAAAAAAAUUAAGUGAGGAGCUUAGGGAAAAUAGAAAGGAUAAGACAAAGCUAGAAGUGUGUUUCGUGCACAAUGCAGAACCUUGAUCUGCAUUGCUAAUUGCCAGUGAGGAGGCAACUUGAAAAAUAAUGCAGUUGUUGAUAAUGAUAGGAAGAAGUACUCCUACAUGAUAAGAACAAAUCUUUCCCCAUAAGAGCAGAGAAUUGCAAUAGCAUAGAUUAUUGACACCCACAGAUAAGCUUCAGACCUGGAUUUUGCCAGGUUACAUGUACCUGGUGUAUGGUGGAUGUUCAAUAAAUAUCUGAUGAUUGGAUGAAUGAAAGGAUAGCUAGGUUGAUGGAUAGGUGGAUGAAAGGAAAAAUGCAAUAUCAUUUAUUCAACACUUUUUUGUGGAGUGCUUAUUAUGUGCUAUGGUGUAAGAAAUAGGGGUAAUAGGAUAUAUAAAUAAAGAGCAAGAGUGAAAGUGACAGGUGAGAUGAGGGAGUGAUAAUGUGCAGUGGGGGUUCAAAUACGGAAAAGACCUCCUUCCAUUGGAAGGAAAGGUCAUAGAGCAUGCAGCCCUUGUGUUGAGCCUCAUGGAACAGGCAGAAUUUUGUUGGGUAGAAAUGGGGAGAAGGCUUGCUAAGUGGAGGAUCAGCAUGAGUAAGGUGUAAACUAUGGCCUGACUAAUAACGUGUACUGUGCCUCCUUCCAGGGAAAGCAAGAAGCUAGUCUGACAGGAGCUUAUGAUUUAUGAAUGACUUAUAUAUGGAACAGUAAGAAAUUGUGCUGAGAAGGCAGGUUAGGGCUCACCCACAGAUAGAUGUGAACAUAGAAAUGAGCUGGCUGGCUCUCCUUGGGUGGAGACGCACAGAAGAAGUGAUGAAAGUAUGAAUCAGGGGAGGCUGGACUUUAAGAAGCUGGGCCAGUGACUUCAUCUACCUAUGCAAGGAGUUAACAAAUCACAUGCACACUCCAAGCCAAUUUAAUGUAUUAAAAAGGAAACUAUCCAUACUUAAAGCAAUUUAUGAUUCUCCCUUUGAGUCCUGUGUCUGAUUUGAUCAUUGACCUAGGAGGAGCGUAGGCAUUUAACAUGUAGACAAACAGCACAAAGUUAUUUGCAGCCACUUCAAAAUUUUCAAUAAUAAGUUUCAACAACCAAACCUAGUAGGUCCUUACAUCUAUCUAAUCUAAACUGUAAAACCUUAGCUCAAGAUUUUAUUCAGCUUGAGCACAAGGCCACUUUGAACUAGGGAAAGGAAUGGAAUGAUAAGAAUUAGGUUAAGAAUCCAGUUCUACUUCUUAGUAACAAACUAAUAUUUAAUCAAAUGUCUACAUAAUGGUCAUGAUGAGCCUGUUUAAAUAAAUGGGAAAGAAAGUUGUUGGAUUUCAUGAUCCCUUUUCCCUGAAACCUGUGGACCAGUCAGGAUGUAAACCUAGUAAGUAUUGGGAAACAAAACACAGAUUCCUUCACAGAAAUACCUUUUCUCUAGUCUACUGUAAAGGGUUGAUAAACGACCUCCUCUACAUCACACUUGCCAGAAGUCUACCUUACAAGGGGCUGCCUCUUCUCUGCUUUGUAAAGAGAAGCUAAAGGAGUUUGAGAAUCAGCCUCAAAGAUUAGAGGAAAUUCCCACCAGGCUUUACCUAGGUCCCGAGAUGUCAGUGAGGGUCAACCACAGGUUUACCUGUCUUGUAUCUCUGAUUAGAACGUCUUGUUAGGUGGAGAAGUCAGAAAUCAGGAAAUGGGUCUGAAGCCAGCGCUGGGGUCAGCUCGCUGAGUCCAGCGGCAGUUAACAGUCCACUCUUGGAUUUAAGCCUUCAGGUUAGUAAGCAAUCCACAGAUGGCCUUCAUUUCUUAUGCUUGUGGGGAGGGGGGUGCCAAGGAAACACACACUCCAAAGUUGGCCACGAGGUCUGCAUGACAGCACUCCAUUGUCAUGCCAUUUGGAGUCAGACUAGUCAAGGAGGGUGAUUCUAUCCAAACUUUUUAUGAAGCUUAAGUUUCUCUUGUAUGCAUGUAACCUCCCUGACACUGGGGACCUGUUUGUCUACCAGGGCCCUUUGCGGGGGCAGAGGGGAGAGAGAGACCAGGAUGCUGUUUUACCACAGAGUUUAUUUCCUUCGUAUUUCUCUGUUGGAAUGGUGACUGGUAGCAAAAAGCCCCUUUCAUGUACAUAAUUGUUGUCCACUUUUACUUUCUCUAGAGGAGAGGCUGUUGUGAUUUUUUUUUUUCCUCCUUAGGAGCAACUUCCUUUCUAAAAUCUUUCCUCUUCUUGUUCAGCUUGAGUAACACAUGCAUCAGUCUGAAAUACCUAGGCAGUUGCCUUUUGCCAAAAUUACUUCUCCAAGAAAAUGUUCUCUUUUUUUGAAGAACUUAAAGCCCAAAAGGGAUUAGUGGAAGUUUUGAAGGCUAUCAAAAACGAACAUGUAUUCUGCAGUAUCAACUCAAAUAAUGUUAGAAAUCCUUCAACAGUAUUCUACAUGCAUGGAAUUACAAAAUUUAUAUAGGACUUUCACAAAGACAGCUUUGGGCUUGAAGUCUUCUGAAAGCAGCUAGCUCUACUUUCUUACUCUUUGAGAACAGUUAGUGCAUUUUGGUACAAUAAAGAAUGGAAAUGGCUUUGUAUUCAAACUGGGAAGCAGUGGCAGCAUAGAUUCUUUCAUUAGGGACUCGCUCAGUGCUUUUUAUUUUUUCUCCUUUACAUUUUCCUGACAUUGAAUUGGUAGCACUGGCUAAAGAGAAUCGUGGGUUAUGUGAACUUCCCAGGAAGUGCAGACGAUGAAUGAUGGUGUUCAUUCCGAUAUUGGGAUGAGGAGACUGUUCCUUGCACACCUCCUCCUAAUUGGUCUUGGCAGUCGCCGAUCCACUUGUCUCAGUUACGCUCUCCAAGGAGAGAAUCUACACUGGAAACCAUAAACCCCCACUUUCCAAAGCAAUGACACUGAUAAUACUAAGAUGGCACAUAAAUACCUCAACCGCCUGGGCUGCAGAAGGGGCUGCAGGUUUUUCAGAGAGCAGCUAUUUUUCUCAUCCCAUAUAGUCAUACCAUCUAACAACACGACUUGACAUUUUAGCUUUCUCUCACUGUGGAAAAGAAAGGUUACUGUUCAAUUAUUAUCCAAAGUUGUAAGUACAGCUUGUACAUUUUACUAACUUGUUUCAUUUUUGUUUGGUCCUUGAGAAGUACAACUUGCUUUUUGCAGCUGGUAAUUUCUGGUGUCGUUCUCUGAUAUAUAAUAUAUAUAUAUAUAUACAUAUAUAUAUUUUGGUAUGAAAUUGCUGUAUUUGUUAGUUUGUUCGUUUUGUGGUUUUCAAUUCCCAUUGAUGCACUGUACAAUGGGGUGUUGUAGUGUAUCAUGAAGAAACAAAUAAUAUGAAGAUAUGUUUUGGAGUAUGUUUAAUUUUGAAAUGACUGUGGUGUUGACAAUAUAUUGAUUUACGAAGAUAGUAAGGGGAAAUUCUAAAUUUACCAAAAUGUGUAUAUUUUAAUAAAUGCAUAAAGCUUUA